CCAACAACAACCACAGCUUCUCCCACUUCAACCACAGCUGGCCCUACAACUACCACAGAGGCUCCAAAAACCACAACAGCCACUCCUACAACUAGCACAGAGGCUCCAACAACAACCACAGCUUCUCCCACUUCAACCACAGCUGGCCCUACAACUACCACAGAGGCUCCAACAACAACAACAGCCACUCCUACAACUAGCACAGAGGCUCCAACAACAAACACAGCUUCUCCCACUACAAUCACAGCUGCAUCUACAACUACCACAGACACUCCAACAACAUCAACCGCUGCCCCAACUACAGAGGCUCCAACAACAACAACAGACACUCCUACAACUACCACAGAGGUUCCAACAACAACAACAGCUGCCCCAACAACUACGACAGACGCUCCAACAACAACCACAGCUUCUCCCACUACAACCACAGCUGGCCCUACAACUACCACACAGGCUCCAACAACAACAACAGCCACUCCUACAACGAACACAGAGGCUCCAACAACAACCACAGCUUCUCCCACUUCAACCACAUCUGGCCCUUCAACUACCACAGAGGCUCCAAAAACCACAACAGCCACUCCUACAACUAGCACAGAGGCUCCAACAACAACCACAGCUUCUCCCACUACAACCACAGCUGGCCCUACAACUACCACAGAGGCUCCAACAACCACAACAGCCAUUCCUACAACUAGCACAGAGGUUCCAACAACAACAACAGCUGCCCCAACAACUGCUUCUCCCACUACAACCACAGCUGCCCCUACAACGAGCACAGAGGCUCCAACAACAACCACAGCUUCUCCCACUACAACCACAGCUGGCCCUACAACUACCACAGAGGCUCCAACAACCACAACAGCCAUUCCUACAACUAGCACAGAGGCUCCAACAACAACAACAACAGCCACUCCUACAACUACCACAGAAGUUCCAACAACAAAAACAGCUGCCCCAACAACUACGACAGACGCUCCAACAACAACCACAGCUUCUCCCACUACAACCACAGCUGCCCCUACAACGAGCACAGAGGCUCCAACAACAACCACAGCUUAUCCCACUACAACCACAGCUGACCCUACAACUACCACAGAGGCUCCAACAACCACAACAGCCAUUCCUACAACUAGCACAGAGGCUCCAACAACAACAACAGCCACUCCUACAACUACCACAGAAGUUCCAACAACAACAACAGCUGCCCCAACAACUACGACAGACGCUCCAACAACAACCACAGCUUCUCCCACUACAUCCACAGCUGCCCCUACAACGAGCACAGAGGCUCCAACAACAACCACAGCUUCUCCCACUACAACCACAGCUGCCCCUACAACGAGCACAGAGUCUCCAACAACAACCACAGCCUCUCCCACUACAACCACAGCUGCCCCUACAACGAGCACAGAGGCUCCAACAACAACCACAGCUUCUCCCACUACAACCACAGCUGCCCCUACAACGAGCACAGAGGCUCCAACAACAACCACAGCUUCUCCCACUACAACCACAGCUGCCCCUACAACGAGCACAGAGGCUCCAACAACAACCACAGCUUCUCCCACUACAACAGAAGUUCCAACAACAACAACAGCUUCCCCAACAACUACGACAGACGCUCCAACAACAACCACAGCUUCUCCCACUACAACCACAGCUGCCCCUACAACGAGCACAGAGGCUCCAACAACAACCACAGCUUCUCCCACUACAACCACAGCUGCCCCUACAACGAGCACAGAGUCUCCAACAACAACCACAGCCUCUCCCACUACAACCACAGCUGCCCCUACAACGAGCACAGAGUCUCCAACAACAACCACAGCUUCUCCCACUACAACCACAGCUGGCCCUACAACUACCACAGAGGCUCCAACAACAACAACAGCCACUCCUACAACGAACACAGUGGCUCCAACAACAACCACAGCUUCUGCCACUUCAACCACAGCUGGCCCUACAACUACCACAGAGGCUGCAAAAACCACAACAGCCACUCCUACAACUAGUACAGAGGCUCCAACAACAACCACAGCUUUUCCCACUAUAACCACAGCUGGCCCUACAACUACCACAGAGGCUCCAACAACCACAACAGCCAUUCCUACAACUAGCACAGAGGUUCCAACAACAACAACAGCUGCCCCAACAACUACGACAGACGCUCCAACA